UCCUUAUCACACCCUUGGACUGCCCGGCAGGCCACGGUGUGACUUGGUUCUCCGCCCCGGGUCUACCCUGGGAGGACAUGGUGCUCCCACCAGCUCUCCCUGGCAUGUGCCCAGUGGCGUCGCUUGUCAACGCCUGGCUGUGGCUUCCCUCCACCCACCCUUCACUGCUCCCAGCCCUGCUCUCCCUGCCCACAUACUUUAGCUCCUGCUCUGAGCAGGCUUGGGGCAACAGCAGAGCUGCCAUGGCAGCCAGAGCUUCCCACUGGCACAGCUCCCUCAGGGCCACCAUGCCCCAUGAGAGGCAGUGGCUGGAACAUUUCCAUCAGGCCGAGGACGUCCUUCUGACCCUGCUGGAGGAUGCCCAUGCCAGGGACCCCUGCUUCCUUGUGGACUAUGCCAGGAACUUGGAGGCCUUCGAGUUCUCUCUCUGUGCCUCCAAGGAUGCUGUCACUAUGGAAGUUCCCCUGUGGACUCACAGUGAUGGCCUGCAGGUGCUGGCAUACUGGCCUGGGGACACCCCAGUCAGGCACCAUCUGGGACUCGACACCUGUGGUAUCUGGAAGUGUUCUGGGGACGACUUGGAGGACUGGACCGGUGCUCUGUGUGUGAUGGAGCAGGAGGGUGGUGCGGGGUGCCUGGUUCCAGUCAAAGUCCUCCAGCACCUGAAAGAGCUCCUUGUUUUGGCCAUCGUGCAUUGCCAAUGCUGCUUCCUGCUUCACCCAGGUCCAAACCUUUCGCAUCUAAGUGAUCUCAGCACUGAUAAUCUGCAGGAAGAUGCCAUGGUGCUCUCCCUGCUGAUCCAUGAUGGCUGGAGGACCAUCCACUUUGACAUUGUCCCCAUGGUGAAGAGGUGGCAGGAGCUGCUCCAGCUCAUGGGGCAGCAGAGUGACAGGGGCUUCCAUGAAGGCAGCCUCUGGAAGGCCAAGGAAAAGGCCUGCUACAUCCCUGCCUCUCCCCAUUGCCAUCAGUGAUGCAGCCUGCAGCCCUCCCUGCUGCAUGUAGGAGAGCACAGUCCCGCUUUGCUUCCCCUCCUGUCUCUCCUGGAAAGGCAGAAGCUGCUCAGCAGCAUUCCCAUGCUGCAGUUUCCCAGGUUCCUCUUAGCCAGAGCUGGGUAUGGGAGGAAGAUCCAGGAUGGUGCAUGCCUGAGGCCAUGUGGGUGGCUGGGGGGGAUCCCCAUGCAUUCAGGUCAUUGCAGUUAUCCUCUCCCCAGCUGUGAGGAUACAGGUCUCCCAGUUUCUCAAGCCAGAUCCUCCACUGCACACACUGACAGCUGGCAGGCAGACCCCAACCCCCGGGCCCUCCUGCAGCUACCCACUGAGGACAGGUCCUGCUGGGACACAGCCUGCUUUGACAUCCUGCUCAGCCAGGAAAUUCCAGACCCUCAGCUGUUCCAGAUGUACCAGAUCCAGGAUGGUGCACACCACUCAGGAAUGUGCCAGUUCCUCUCCAAGAUCCAGUGAUAAAUCCCUCAGCAGAGCUCAGAGCGAUCAUGCUGCCACCCCAUCUGGGUGUCUCGAAACUCGGGGAGGGGUGCAAGGGAUGCUAUGGGGCCAGGAAGCAGGAUGCUGUCAUGUUGCUUUAUUGAGGAAAGAUAG